AUGCCUGCCAAGAUUGGCAUCGACAUCGAGACCCAGAUCGAGGAUGGAGAGCUGUUCGACUUCGACGUGGAGUGCGAGCCGGUUCUUGAGGUCCUAGUCGGCAAGACUUUGGAGCAGAGCAUGAUGGAAGUUCUGGAAGAGGAGGAGCUGGCGAGCCUGCAGAGGCACCAGGAGGACUUCGAGAAGCGCCGCAACGCGGAACUCUUGGAGGUGCAGCGGAUGGAAGCCGCCGAAAAGCGGCGUGCAGACGAAGUCCAGCGGCGUGUGGCGCAGCAGGCUGCCAGGCACGAGCAGGACAUCUGCACCAUGCGGAAGGUCCUUGCUCGGCAGAUCGCGUCAGAGCACCUGCAAGGCCUCAAAGGGCGCCUGUUGCAGAACUUGGAAGAUGCGGGCGUCUUCGCAGAUGUGGGCAGCAUGGCAGUGGAGACAAAGUUCAUGCCGGGACUGCUCCAGGCAGUGGUGCAGCAGAUCCAGAAUUCCACGCAGGAACAUGCAUUAGCCGAUGCCGUCAUCUCCUCGAGCGUGGAUUCGAAGCUUCAAAAGCACAGCGCCGUCCUCGAGAUCGAGCGCCGGCGUUUGGCACUCAUCGACGAAGCCGAGCGCCAGGCGCGAGAAGAAAAGCAAGAGGCGCUGGCAAAGAAGCAGGCAGAGGCAGAGCUCAUCAAGCAGCAGCAGCAGAUGAUGAUGGAGUGGGAAGCAUUCAUCCCCGACCCACCUCCCGUGCCGGAGGAGUUUGAAGUGCUUGAGAUCCGCGCGGAAGAAUUCCUUGUGGCGCUGGACGAUGGCACCGUGGCCUCGAUCACCGAGGAGCAACUGCCUUCCUUGCAGGAAAUGUUUGCCGCAGAGAAGGAGGAGGGCAUGAAGUUGAUCGGUAAGCCCAUCUCGGUGCCGCCACCUGAAGGUGAAGAAGGCGAGCCGAAGAUCGUUCUGGAAAGCUUCAGGAUCGGAGUGCCGGGAGAAGCGCCACCGGGAGAAGCGGUGGACGCAGGCGUGACCGAAGGCGGAGAGGCGGCGUAG